UUGGAAGACUAGUUUCCUUGACGAACAGGGGGGUUUCUCUGCUUCCAUGUGAUGUGUUCGGAGUGGAGAAUCCCAACACCUUUCUCGAAUCCCAUGGACCUCGGAGCUUUCGAAGAAGCUGGACGUCGCUUUCAGCUUCAGUGCUUUUUAGAGGACCGGGUGAUGCGACUUCGUACCGAAAAAACUGCCCAAAAGCCGGGAGAGAACCUUCAUGGCUUUUGGGCACCUUUUGGAGGCCCAGUUGAGUCACAUGAUGAAACUUGAUGAGGUGAAAUUCUUUCUCCACAUCGGGAGAAUGAUCCGACCAAAUGGAUCGGUCAAGCUCCCCUGCCACAUCUCCAUCCGGUAGGGGGAUCCUUUUGCCCGAGAAGGUUACGAAAACUUCAUAAAGCUUCAAAAACGUCCCAAGCUUUGGUUUCACCUGCGUGAUUUGAAACCAAAGCUUGGGACGUUCCCCUAAACCCUAAACACCGGUCGCGAGACGAUGCGCCGAGACGAGGAGGGUGAUGUGAGGUCUCGCCGGAGAGAGGGUGAGGUGACAGCCAGAGGUCUGUCGUGUUUUGGGUGAGGUCAGAUGUCAGAUUUUGUUCUGAAACAGUCUCACUGCGGUUGCAAUCUUGGAGCCAGCGGGCUGCGAUGUGACCUGCAUGUGCCUUCUAGAGGUUCUUAUCCCUCAUGACCCAGGCAAAGUUGGUGGGCCGUCUUCCAAGGCAGUGGUUAAUCUGUCUUUACAAAAGCUUCAUUUUUUGAAUUUGAAAGCCAGAAUUUGGCUCUUAGGGUUUUUCUUCACUUGCAAGGGCUUUCUUCUUCAGCUCGACCACGGCUGGACUGCGGCUUUUUUCGAUUGCCCGCGGAACCUUUUGGACACACACGGUUUGCAGAACCUUGGACUGCUGAAUGGUGACCUUCGGUGAGAGUUGCACUCCUUGCAUCAGGAGUAGGUCGUGAAAAGGCGAUGGAGAAGUUGAUGGCUGAAGACAUUGAGUCUUUUCCGGCUGAAGGUCGCUCAGGUCGCGGUGACAGCCGAGUGACCGUUGGGUGGAUAAGGAGAGAGCGACGAGGAUGGAGGGUCGCAGUUGCAGAUUUCGUUGCAGUUUGACACAUUUUCACCUAGUACAGCACGACGUAGUACAGCAGCUAGAGCGGUGAGCAGAUCUCAUCCGAACGUGAAGCUUUGGUGUGAGCUGGAGCCUGAAACUUAGCCCUGGUUGCCCUACCUGCCAACCGUGUGAAUUGCCGCAGCUGUUUUCAAGGUGAGCGAUUUUCACCACACUCAGCGGGCGCUGACAUGGAGUUAUUCACUUGGCUAUUUCUUUAUGUGACGCCGCUAACGAGUAGUGAUCGUUGCUUCUCUGACGGAAUCCCAGAAGGAGAGCGUGCGAACUUGGUGAGCCAGGGAUCGUCUUACCCCGUCGGAAAUUGGGUCAAUGGCUGGGAUGCCGGCUUUGCAGCGGGCGAAGUGGCUGAGAUCUUGCUCAAGGAGAAGCUGGGCUACAACGUGACCCAAAAGGUCGGGCCCAACACCGUGGAUGCCUUCUACGCGCUCGCCGGCUGCCGCACGCCCACGAACGUCACGGAUCGUGGCUGUGGGCCCGACAUGACCACGCGCGUGCACCUGUCGACUGAAGGAUGGACGGGAGGCUAUGCCACGGUCUGGGAUGAUGUCCAGACAGCCUACCCUGCUACGGCGCCCAGGAAUCUGGGGAACAUGGGCUACACAGGCACUGCAACGUCUUACAUCUCGUCGAGUCUACAGGAGUUUGCGUAUUCCAGCGAAGGUUACUCUUUGGACUUUUAUCGGGAUUACAGCGUGGCGUGGAGAGACCCCGCCAAGUUUUUCACAGUUCCCAACCAAGUGACGUCGAAGUUGCGCCCAUGUGACGAGACAAUUCUGGUGGAUUCGGUGCAGAUGAACAAUUAUUUGAAACAAACCGGAGAUCACGAUGGCGUGACAAUUCAAGGCAACGGCGAUGUCCACGCACGAUGCUUUGAUGGCCACUUUUGGCGUGCCCCAGUGUGCCGCUCCAAUUCUGCCUGCCUCUUGUACCUCACCGGGGGAGCUGGAUGGGGUGGAGAUGAACUGCUGCAGAAGGCGACCUUCUUCCACAUGCCCAUCGCAUGGGCGGCGGCGAAAGCAUGGAGUGACUUCACGUCCAUUCCCAGCGAACUCAAUGUCACAUUCUUCUGGUGGGUUCCAGACCCGACCUUUCUCAGGCUGGCGCCUGUGCCCAUUGUAUUCCCUCCACAUGAUCGGAAGGCUUGGAAAAGAGGCGACCGAAGGUCCUUGUCCAAAGGUAUUUCAAUUGACAAGUACAUCAGCAAGGACUUGGCAUCAUUGGCUCCGGAUAUUGAAGAGUUCAUGAAGGCCUACCUGCUGGACAUGGAAGACGUAAACAGCAUCAUGCUCAAGAAGAUGAACUCAGAUAUGAGCUACUUUGAUGCUGCCUGCGAGUGGCUGCAUGCUAACAAUGAGAUAUGGCAAGCUUGGCUUCCGGACAAAACGAAAUGCUUUGAACGCUUCGGCCUCUACAACGAGAAGGAAGAGAGGUACGUGGAGAGCCGUGCAGAUCCGACUCACUUGGCCUGCCACGCGUGCCCGCCGGGCUUCCAUUCCCAAAGCUUGGAGGACACGCACAUUUGCCUGCCAUGUUCUCCGGGAAGCUAUCAGGUGUCCGGUGCCUCGCUCGCGUGCGAUCCUUGCCCUCUGGGCGAGUACCAGGAUGAGACUGGCAGCAUUUCAUGCAAGCGUUGUGGCUUUGGCGAGUACCAGAAUGCCACGGGUCAAAGUAGCUGCAGUCCAUGCCCUGCCGGGACCACAACACUGGGGUUUCAUUCGCAGUCCAUCAACGAUUGUGGAUGCAAAGACGAGACCAUCAACGUUCUCUCGUCUUCCAGCAACUUCGAGUGCCAGCGAUGCGGGGAAGGACUCCGUUGUCCAUUUGGCUCCAGCAUUGAGAGCUUGACGCAAGGUGAGGCAGACCUGGGAGAUGAUUAUGUACCCGAAGUGCUUCAAGGUUAUGUGUCCCACCCCGAGGAUCCCUUGAAGAUCUUCGAAUGCCGACCAGCCAACCUUUGCUCCGGUGGAACACCAGGACAGUGUGCUGGAGGGCUCUCAGGCCUGCCCUGUGCUUCUUGCGAAGAGGGAAAGGCUUGGAGUGGCACCAAGUGCGAGGAGUGUGGAGCAAAUUGGGUCGGUUGGGCAGUCGGCACACCCGUAGCAGCUACGGGGCUCAUUGGUGCCUACUACUUCGUGAACACCGAGGUGAUGACCAAGGCUUCAGCCUUCCAGGCUUGCUUGAUGGCAGCGGGCAUUGCCGUGAACGCGUUUCAAAGCUUAGCGAUCUUUGGCAUGAUGACCGUGAAGUGGACGCCCAAAUUUGAAAGUGCCAGUUCCGGCCUCAGUGUCUUCGUUCUGGACGUUGAGAUCCUGGGCAUCACUUGCGUGACGGGGCCCAGCAACUUCCUCCGCUUCCUCGGCAGCGCGUCCGCGUUUCCAUUGGCUUCCUUGGUGUUGGUGGCUUGUUGGGCCACGACCCAAAGCUGGAGCAAGAUCUGCCAAUGCCGGAGGCUCCAGAGGCUCCAGGUCAGACCAUGGAGGUUGUACCAAACAGCCCACACCAUCGGCAUCUUCCUGCAGGUUGGCUUCAGUGCCCUUGGGGCAUUGGCCUUGCAGCCUCUCAUGUGUUACCGCCACCCCAAUGGCCAAUACAGCCUCUUGAAGUACCCGGACACCUUCUGCGGAAGCGAUGAACAUGGAGCGAUGCUGGGUGUUGGAAUAGCCCUUCUGAGCGUCUUUGUAGUGGGCUUCUUCGUCUAUUGCUGCUUCGGAGCCUGGAAGGUGCCCUACUGGAGCUCCCAACAGCAACAACACUUGGUGAAAGCUUUCCUCUUCUUGAUCGGUAAGUUCCGUUUGGACGUUUGGUGGUUCGGCCUGUUCUUGCUGGUCCGCGGCUUGGGCUUCAGCUUAGCCAUUGUUCUCGCGACUGAGUCCCCGCAAUUGCAAGUGGCCAUUGCGAGCAUCCUCACCUCUAUAUAUCUCUUCGUCUUGACUCUCACACGACCUUGGAAGGCCCCAAUCAUCAACGUUGGAGACAUCGCCUUGUGCAAUGCACUCCUUUUGUUGAUCAAUCAAGCAGUGCAUCCGAACAGCCCUGUGGACCUCCAGUUUGCCGACGAUUUCUCCGCGGUGAUCGUGGUGCUGAUCAUUGCAAUCUUGAGUUUGAUGGGAGCUCUAUGCCUUAUAGCGCUGAUCUUUGGACGCCGCUUUGGCAUAGGAGAAAACUUGCUGAAUCUCACGCGAGUUGGACAUGUACAUGGCAAGGUGGCCACAGCACUGAAAGAAUGUGUCCAAGAGCUCAUGAAAAUCGAAGAGAAUCAGCUUUCAGAGGAUCUUGGUAAAAUGAACAUUUACAACUUGAUGGCCUUGCAGGGGGGCCAUCUCCGCAGUCUUCGUGGAUGUCCUCGACAAGUCCUCGGGCCUUGCAACUCGUGUGGCGCAUUCCGCGGCUUCGAUUCGAUCUGACGCCGACAAGACCGGGCAUGUGGAGGUGCCCGUGGUCAAUGCAGCAGCCACACCUCCUACGAGCGAUUCAGCAGACACGACCCAGAUGAACGACGCCACGGAUGCCUCCGCUCCGGUGCCCUCGGAUCGUUCUCAGCUCGACGCCGUGGCCCAGGAGCCCAAAGAGGGACCAUUGCAUCGCGUGGGCGACGAACUUGAGCCCAUUGUGGCCACGGAGCUCUGAAAGAGGGUCCGAACUCAUUUUCCUGGCCUUUGUAGGCUUUUGUUCAUGCGUAUCAUGUGAGGUCCAACUCGCUGCUGGGGUGGUCCAACGUCGUUGGGCGUUUGGUGUUCGCCGCGUGAUGAGUCUUCUCACGUCAACUUCAGCUGAUUCGGCCACUCCUCAAAAGGGCCCAGGUCUUGGUCGUUCUUAAAGGACUGACACAAUUGACCCAAGCCCGAAUUCAAAGGUGAGUUGGACUCUACGUGCGAAAGAGAACCGGAGUGUCUAUCACUGAUCUGAUCGAUCAGGGUGGCACUUUGCAGAAACUGGGUGAAAUGGAGAGGUGCAACCUCGAAUGGUUG